AGAAAGAAAUCCCAUAAUAAUCAAUUAGGAAAUGACACGAUACUCAGUACAAAUUAUCACUAAUUAAUAAUGGGAAUCAAACCAACAACUGAGGUCUUAGUGCAACACAUCUAUAUUAGACAAAAAAAAAAGAGAGAUUAGCAAAGUUAAUCAUAAUUAUUUAUUUAUUUAUACCCACCCUAAUUUUGUCUUUGUGUUUAGGGCUCUCCUUCUUCUACAGACUACAACCACCCUUCAACCCUUUCUAAAAAAACACACAUACACAAAGGGGAAAUUAAAUAAGAAAUUAAAAAAAAAAAUUGGGGGUUGUGUCAGAUUGUCAGUGUAUCUUAUAAUUCUGUUAUUUGAUCUUAGAUUUGUUGGUGGUAGUUUUUUUGGGUUUUGUAUAUGUUACAUGAUUGCCGUCAAUCUUGAUCAGUAAUCCCAUUUUUCGAAAUAUUAAGAAAGAAUGGGAGCGCUUGUUACCAAGUACGUGUGACUAGAGCUGUCAGUUUGGUUAAUGAACUGCCAGUUAUUGAGGAAUGAGUCAACGAGGCGGGCAAGGUGAGGAGGAGGAUGAAGAAGUAAUGGUAUCCAUGACGUCUAAGGCGGUUGUUAGCGUUGACUUUAACCAUAUUGUGACUGACAACAACGUCGAUGAAGGCAGUAGAGGAGGAGUAGGAAAGGCAGCGAGGCUGCCAAGGUGGACGAGACAGGAGAUACUUGUAUUAAUACAGGGUAAAAAAGUGGCUGAAAAUAGGGUGAGAAGAGGCCGAACUGGGAUGUUAUGCGAAGGACAAGGACAAGGAGUGGUGCAAGUCGAGCCAAAGUGGGCGACAGUGUCGUCGUACUGUAAGAGGCACGGGGUGAAUAGAGGUCCAGUACAGUGUAGGAAAAGAUGGAGUAACUUAGCUGGUGAUUUUAAGAAGAUUAAAGAGUGGGAGUCUCAUGUUAAAGAUGAAUCUGAUUCUUUCUGGCUUAUGCGUAAUGAUUUAAGACGAGAUAGAAAACUCCCUGGAUUCUUUGAUAGAGAAGUUUUUGACAUCCUUAAUAACUCACAAACAAAUACACCUACUACAGCUACAACUACUGCUACUACUACCGCUCAUUUUAAGUCAGGUGCAGAUUCUGAUCUUGAUGCUGAUGCUGAUACUGAUGAUAUGCCUGUAGUUGAGGCACUCUUUGAUAGUGGCCGCACUGCAGGGGCUCACGACGGAUUGUUUUCUGAUUUUGAAUAUUCUACACAACGCCAACGCCAACGCCAACGCUCGGAGCAACAAGAUGACAACGAGGUUGGCGUCGAGGUUGGCGUCGAGGUUGAGCCUGAGCCUGAGCCUGAGCCUGAGCUUGAGCCUGGAACUGAAACUGGCUCUGCUUCCUUAUUUUCUCCUACUAUUCCUAUUCCUAUUCCGGCUCCUACUCCUAUUUCUGAGAAGCAGUUUCAGCCUAAGACUACAGAAGGCAAGGGUCCAGGAACCAAUAAUGAGAAGCACAGAGUGGAUUUGGAUCCUGAAAUGGGAUCAACAUCUCAUGAGGGUCGAAAAAGGAGGCGAUUUUCGGAGGAAGAUGAUGCUGAUGGAGCUCCUGAUCAUCCCAUACACUUGCAAGAUCCAUUACUCAGAGUUUUGGAGAAGAAUGGUAGAAUCUUAAGUUCUCAACUCGAAGCUUACAACAUUAAUAUGAAAUUGGAUAGGGAAGAAAGAAAAGAUCAUGCUGCUAACUUAGUUGCAGUUCUCAACAAGUUAGCUGAUGCUUUGGGAAGGGUUGCUGAUAAGUUAUAGUUCCUGGCAUUUUAUGGCAAAAUGUUUGGUGUGAUGUAAAUAGUUAAAUUAUACUCUCAUCUCUUAUAAAGUUAUAGUCAACUAGUUUCAGUAGAAGAUGGAGAUAGGUGAUAUAUAGGAUUAUAUUAUAUCUAGACUAAGGAGAGUUUUUUCCAUCUUCUGAUUUGAUACACCCUCUUUUAUUUUCAUUUUUCCUGGACUUCUUUUUCCUUCUUUAGCUUGUGGGUAUAGGUGUAUACGAAGAUAAUGAAGCACAUGAACAUUCAACAGUGCUAAACAACAUUUACAUUAUCUGUUAAACAUUUUGAUCGGUUUUGCUGAA